AUGCUCAUUCCGUACUACCAGGUUAUAUUCGAAUCAUCCGUCGAACAUCCAAUUCAUUGUCAUAUAAUAUCAACAAAAAUGCAUAUUAAAUUGAUUGUGUUUUGUGUCGUAGCAAUUGCUUUUGCUCAUGCUGUUAGUGAUGGAGAAUGGAACAGCUACAAGCAAAAAUUCAACAAACACUACAACACUCCCCAAGAUGAUGCUCUCCAUCGUUCCAUUUAUGAAAAGAAUGUUCAGGAGAUCAACGCACAUAACCAGAGAUACAAAGCAGGACAAGAAAGCUGGGAGAAGGGUGUAAAUCAAUUCACCGAUAUGACAGAGGAAGAGAGCAAGAGGUCACGUGGAUUCGGACCAAUUAACUAAUGAAUAAUUGGAACUUCCUUUUGUAUAUUCUACUGAUAUUUGUUUCAUAACACCUGAUUCUUUCGAAAAUAUAUUUGCAUAUUACA